CAUGGUUGUGAUGCCCUACCAUUCACACCACAUCCGGUUGUAUCCAGACACGUCCUUGUUAUGGUAAGGGAUCAAUUCUAUAUUUUGGAAGGCUAUGACAGGAGCGGCUUACGAUUGAGUGAUGGCGAUUAUGAGAAGCAACUUUGGGACAUUGUCUCCGAUGUUGAAAAGGCACAACUCGAUCCUCCGGUUGGGGUUCUUACUGCCGACGAUCGUGAUUCAUGGACUGUGGCACGCGAACGCCUACUCUCCAUUUCUCCACAAAACCGUGCGACCCUGACCUUGAUCGAGAAUGCAUUAUUUGCUAUCA